UGCUUGCUUGCGUUUGUGCCUCACUGACUACACUCGACUCGGCCAACCAUAAACUCCUUUUAGUUUUGAGUUAUGUUGGUGUUAGGGUUUGUGUGUCAUCGUUGUCGACAUUUUCAGCGUCUCUAGUGUCUUCUACGUUGUGUGAAUUUAAUUACUGGCAUUUAAAAUUAAAAGAAAAAAACAACCAACAACAACAACAACAACAACAACAACAACAACAACAACAACAAUUACAACCAAACCUAAAGAAAAACUCUAAUCAUUAUAUUUGAGUAUAAGUGAAUAGGUUUGUGUUUGUAUGAGUUUGCGGUUACACUAAUUUACAGCAUCACAUUUGUGUUGACAACGCCACCAUCAAACGAACGAACACCAUAGCAAAGCAAAUAUCAGUGGAACACAAUGCCAGAUACGAUUUCUGUUAUAGAUCACAGAAGAAUCACUGAAGAUACCAAUGACAAAGCUUCGACGUGUGGCAAACUCCUGAUAUGUCUCUCGGUGGUUUUGGUUAUUCUAACAUUACCCUUUAGUUUAUUUGUAUGCUUUAAGGUGGUCCAGGAAUAUGAACGUGCUGUUAUCUUUAGAUUGGGUCGUUUAAUGCAGGGUGGGGCCAAAGGACCAGGAAUAUUUUUUAUACUGCCCUGCAUUGAUUCGUACGCCAGAGUGGACUUACGUACCAGAACAUAUGAUGUGCCACCGCAAGAGGUUCUAACAAAAGAUAGUGUUACUGUAUCAGUGGAUGCUGUCGUUUAUUAUCGUGUUUCGAAUGCAACAGUUUCCAUAGCGAAUGUAGAAAAUGCCCAUCAUUCUACACGUCUACUGGCGCAAACAACUCUACGCAACACAAUGGGAACACAACACUUGCAUGAAAUACUCAGUGAACGUAUGACAAUUUCCGACACGAUGCAGGUGCAACUAGAUGAAGCCACUGAUGCCUGGGGCAUUAAAGUCGAACGUGUUGAAAUCAAAGAUGUACGUUUACCCGUCCAAUUACAAAGAGCCAUGGCUGCCGAAGCUGAAGCAGCCCGAGAGGCUAGAGCCAAAGUGAUCGCCGCCGAGGGGGAACAGAAAGCUUCAAGAGCUUUACGUGAAGCGUCCGAAGUUAUUGGCGAUUCACCAGCCGCUUUACAAUUACGCUAUUUGCAGACUUUAAGUGCUAUCUCGGCUGAAAAGAAUUCGACCAUAGUGUUUCCAUUGCCGAUAGAUUUGAUUACCUAUUUUCUGAAAUCAAACGAUGCUGAUACAAUAAAAACAGCCGCCGAUACAGCCCAAGCUAUUGCCGAUCGAGAAGCUUCGCCGGCUCAUGUCGCAAGUACCGUCACACCUGUAACAACAACGGCUGCUAUGUAAAUUUCCAAUAUCACAACAUUAAUUAUAUUAUAAAAUCGAGAUCACAACCACAAAAAAACAACAAAAACAAAAAC